AUGGAGAUUAAUGCUAAUCUAAUCCCUACGUUAAUUCUUCUAUCUUUCUUUCAUCUUUCUUUUGUUUGUUGUCGUAAAAGUGUAAAUGGCUUCACCCUCGAUCUUAUCCAUAAUGAUUCUCCUCGUUCACCUUUUCACAACCCAUCAAGCACUCCAUAUGAACGCUUUCAAAAUGCCUUCCAUCGGUCAUUAUCCCGAGCUUCCUUCUUUAACAAAAUAGGUGUUAAUUCAAUCCAAUCGACUGUUAUUCCAACCCGAGGUGAAUUCCUCAUGAAAAUCUCAGUUGGAACUCCCCCAGUAGAUACUCUUGUCAUUGUUGACACUGGCAGUGACUUGACAUGGACACAAUGCAAGCCUUGUGUUAAGUGCUUCAAACAAGUGAUACCAAUUUUCAAUCCAAAAAGUAGCUCAUCUUAUAAAACUGUUAGUUGUACCGAUAAACUUUGUAGAGAAGUAAGUAAACCUAUCAAAUGUACAAAGAAUGUAUGUAAUUAUGUAGUGAAUUAUGGUGAUCAAUCCCAUACUUCUGGUGAUCUUUCAAUUGAAACUUUCAGAUUUGCUUCUACUUCUGGUAAAGAUGUUUCAAUUCCUAACAUUGUGUUUGGUUGUGGACAUCAAAAUGCUGGCACAUUCAAUAAUGCAACUUCUGGCAUCAUAGGCUUAGGUGGUGGCAAUGUCUCAAUUGUCAACCAAAUGCAUCAAGAAAUCAAAGGGAAAUUCUCUUAUUGUUUGAUCCCAUUGGCAAUAUCGUCGUCAAAUCCUAAUGUAACUAGUCACAUCAACUUUGGUGACAAUGCUAUUGUAUCUGGUCCUGGCGUCGUUUCAACUCCCUUAUUUAGAAAUCCGAUGCAACCUACGUUCUAUUUUCUAAAUUUGAAAGCUGUUAGCGUUGGGAGCAACAGGGUGAAAUAUCAAUCAUCUCCGAUUUCUCCUCCUGCUGGUGAUGGUGAUCAUGGUAACAUCAUAAUAGAUUCUGGCACGGUUCUAACGUUUAUACCUGACGCUUUUUACUUGAAUUUGGGAUCACUGUUGAUGCGUUCGGUCAAUGCUACUAGGAAGGACGAUCCUUCAGGGACUUUUACUGUGUGUUACGAACCUAAUGAGAAUGGUACUAUCAAUGUUCCAAAGAUUGUUGCACAUUUUACAGAUGCGGAUUUAGAGUUAUCACCUACGAGCGUUUUUGCAAAAGUGGCGGAUGAUUUAGUUUGUCUGACUAUAGUGCCAGGAAAUCAAGUUGCUAUUUUUGGAAAUUUGUUACAAUCCAAUUUCCUAAUUGGAUAUGAUCUUGUGGCUAACAAAGUGUCCUUUAAGCCUACAGAUUGCACCAAGCAAUAA